AUGAAACAAAGAAUCACUUUACUUUCAAAUGUUAUAGAUCAAGAUUCAAUUGAUACAAAUGGAUUGGAAUUCACUGAAAAUUCAAUUUCAAUUCCAAAUUCAAUUUGGUAUCAAAGACAAGAUAGAUUAACUUUAGACCCUAGUGACAUAAGUCCACAAUUAUCCAAACUAUUAUCAAAUUAUGAUCAAUUUAAAUUUACUUUAAAAUCAUCAAACCUGGAAUCUUCAUCAAUUUUCCAAAAUUUCCAUCCAAAUGGAUUGACUUUACAAUUAUUACCAAAAUCUCCAUAUGGUCUUAAUGAAUCAUUAGAUCAAUGGGGGAAUUAUCUUUCAACAAAUUUUAACCCCAAAGGAUCAAAAUUUAAUCAUGAAAAUUUUGUUUUAACUGCAACUUCAUUAACAUAUCAUAAAUCUUCAAGUGAAUUGGAACUUAAUUCAACAAUUAUUACACAAUUCUUGGAAACAUUUAAUAAUGAAUUAGAUAUCAUUGAUCAAAUCCAAGAUUUAGAAAUUUCAUAUGAUUCAUCAAAUCCAAUCUUAAAAAUUCAAUGGAUUUCAAUUCCAUCAACAAAUUCAAUAACCACUAUUAAUAAAUCCCAAUUUCAAAAAGAAAUUGCUAUAUUAAAACCACAAUCCCAGGACUUGGAAGAUUUAGAGUUAUCAGGUUUAAGAACUAUUCUUUCACCAAUCAAUGAAAAUUAUUUACCACCAACUAAAACUUUAAUUUAUUUAAAACCUCGUCAUAAAUUUAUACCAAGUUCCAACACAUCAAUUUCUUUAUCUGAACCAAUUGGAUUACAUCCUGUUAUAAAGUUCCAAUACAUCCCACCAUCGGUUGACCAAGACCAUUGUAAAUUAUAUAUAUCAACUUUAUUACCAUCCCAUUUAUUCUUUGAUAAAUAUCAAUUUAAUUCAAAUUCAUUACAAUUAUUAGGUCAUUGGGGUGAAUCUGAUUUAGAAUUACCCCUAUGGAAAAUUAAAAAAUUUGGUUCAUUACAAUUAUUUGAAAUAAAAAAUCAUACAAAUGAUUUAGAAUUAAUUUAUCAUUCAAGAUAUUUAGAUCCAUUCACAAACCCUAUUGUUCAAUUCAAUAAACCUGAUUUUUUUUAUGCUUGUGAUUCUUUAAUUCUAUCAGAUCCGGAACAUGUUGAAUUAAAUCCAUUUGAUGAUUCUUUAUUAGGUAUUGAUUCAUUCUUCACUAAAGAUACUGUUUUUUAUCAUUUAGAUCAUGAUUCUAACCAGGAUUUACAAAUUAAUAUUCCAAAUUUAUCUAUAUUGGAUUAUUUGAAAACUCAAUUGAUUACUUUAUUUAUUGUUUUGAUUGGUACUGGUUGGUUAUUAUACAAGAUUUUUAAUACUGGUUCAUCAAAAACUAAUAAAAAAGCUAAAAAAAUUAAUAUCAAAAAGAAGAAAUAG